AAAAGUCAGCUAACAGGGGAGCUUACACAGCUCAUUUGUCAUAUCUAAUUAAAGCAACAACCUUCAUGAAUAUUACAACGGCAUACGUCAGCCUACAAGCAACGCAUGCGCGAAAUGAAGUGAAAGCAUACGCACCAACAACAUACUCAGCGUUACCAGAAUCAAACUAUUGUCAAAAACCUUGGUGUUAGAAAGGUAUGGGAUACCUCGAAGAAUACUGCUAGUGCUCCGCAGCCAAAAAGAAACACUAAAUCUGCCUGAAACGACGCUAUAGCGAAAACGGAAGAAGAGAGAAGUGAAACCUAGCUUGAACUACACUUUUUGGAAGUCGCUCCAAACAGUUGUCAGACUCUACGCACUUGCUUCCUGUUGUCAGUGUGGCUAUUAAAUAUCCAGCGACACGAUAUAAUGUGAGGAAUAUCGUGAAAGGAUACUCAAACCAAGGGCAGGUAACAGCGUGGGACGGGAGGUGAACAACCCGGACAACCGUGUGUUUGUUUUCUACAUGAAUCUGUUGGCAGGAUGUCGCUGAGUUCAGGCGGUUGGACUCACACCCCUGGCUACACACCGGACCAGUCCGCCGCCCUCCCCAGUCACUAUGGGGCCUCGCAGUCACAACUUGGCUGCCAAACCGUCCUCAUGUCGGUUCGGGUGUCGGUGUGCCAUUCUGGUAUUCGGCCGCUGUGUCUUCCGGGGGCAGGUGAUGAGUCACUCCGCCUGCAGCUUAGCAUGGACCCGGGGAAAUCCGGGGAAUUCCGGUUGUCGCUCCAGGACAGUAGCGGGACUGGCCGGAGUGUGACCAUAGCUGAGUUUGAUUUGGGGACAGUUAACUAUGAGGUGAAGUCACCAAAGUGCCACGAACUGAGUUUGGCAGUGCCUCCACAUGACCGCAUCAGCUUCAACUUCCGCUGUGAGCAGGAGGCCCAGGAGUGGGCUACAGUUGUGAUGUCUUCAUUGAGAGAAGCACACAGAGUCGCCCCUCAAGAUAAUGGUCCACAGCGUCCCCCGGAUGGUCUCGAUCUUCAGAAAAGCUUGGCCUUGCAACGAACAGAGGAAACCUGCAUAGAGCUGACCCAAGCCAUAGAAGCAGGUGACAUGCAGUCUGCUUCUGUCUUUGCUGCCACGCUCGCCCGACAACAUGCCACGCUCAAGAUUCAGCCCUCUGCCAGAGACUAUGAAGACACAGAAAUCAACUUGGCUGUUGUAGUUGAAGAUUCUUCUUCAUCCUGUUGUGUCACUGUGAAAGUUUUCCCACAUAUGACUACUGCAGCGCUGAAACAGCAGAUGUUUCUUGAGUAUGGCUUUCACCCGUGGGUGCAGCGCUGGGUGAUUGGCCAGUGUCUAUGCACCAACCAGCGCUCUCUGGCCUCUUAUGGGGUUCAUCAGGACGGUGACACAGCCUUCUUGUACCUCCUGUCAGCCCGUCAUGCUCGCUUGACCCUCCAAGUCCUCCAGCAGGACCAGGAGAGUGCCCUCCUUCUCAGUCCUCCAUCUCUGUCUCUCCCCACUCCUCCCAUCUCUGCUACCUCUGCAAAUGGCCCCUCAUCUCUAGACCGGAGGCCUUACACCACCCUGCCUCCGACACUCCAUACCAGCAGCAAUACUGGUGUGUCAGAGAGAGGAAACAUCUGUGAGAUCAGAGAUCUCAUCAAGCUAGAGAUGCCUCAGCUCAAUGAAGCACUGAGCCCCAACACAGCCUCCACCCAGGGCUGGUCGUGCCCUUCUUGCACUUACAUUAACAAACCAACACGGCCGGGCUGUGAGAUCUGCAGUACAAACCGCCCUGAGAACUACGUCAUCCCAGGCGGAUAUCGACCUGACGCACUGGAACUCAGACGGAUCCAGCAGGAGAAGGAGGCUAUCAGACAGUACCAGCAGGCAAGGGAAGAGGAGCGCAGGGAGAAUUUUGCCCGGCUGGUGAUGAUGGACGGUCAGGAACUGCUACCUAACCCAGAGUCUGUGGACUGUAGGAUCUGCUACAUGGACCUGCAGCCUGGAGAGGGGGUCCUACUGAGGGAGUGUCUCCACUGCUUCUGCAGGGAGUGUUUACGCUCAGUCAUCAUGCUGAGUGAGGAGCCGGAGGUGUCCUGUCCCUACAGAGAUGAUACUUAUUCCUGUACCUGCUCCCUGCAGGAGCGGGAGAUCAGAGCUUUGGUGUCAGUAGAGGAGUAUGAGCGCUGGCUGCAAAGAGGUCUAUCAGUGGCAGAGUCUCGAUGUGAGGGCAGCUACCACUGUGCCACUCCAGACUGCCUGGGCUGGUGUGUGUACGAGGACACAGUCAAUGUCUUCCACUGCCCCGUCUGCAGGAAACACAACUGCCUGAUUUGCAAGUCUAUUCAUGAAGGAAUGAACUGUAAGCAAUACCAGGAUGAUCUUGCAGCCCGCGCUAUAAAUGACUCUGCUGCCAGGAGGACAACACAUCUACUCAAGACUCUUGUGCAGUCAGGGGAGGCAAUGCACUGUCCCCAGUGUGGCAUCAUUGUGCAGAAGAGGGAUGGAUGUGAUUGGCUGCGCUGCACUGUCUGUCACACUGAGAUCUGCUGGGUAACCAGAGGACCCCGCUGGGGGCCUUUGGGUCCUGGAGACACCAGUGGAGGAUGUCGCUGCAACGUCAACAAUCAGAAAUGUCAUCCUAAAUGCCAAAACUGUCACUGAGAAUCUCAAGAGUGGUCAGAUUGUAGUAGGUAAUGAAAGACUCAAAUUGAAAUAGACUAUUCUCUAAAAUAGAGAAAAGAGGAUUACAGUGAAUUAAAAAAAAAAGUAUAUUUAAGCAAAAACUGACUGUGCAGGAUCGUUAGAUACAAUGCUUCCUCUUUGUUAUAACUAAAGACAUUCUCAAAUUCCUCUCAGUAAUCAGAAUAACAAAUUAAUUUAUGUUGACAUUUAGCUCUGCCUCUCACAGACAUGGAAAAGCAUGAAUGUGUGAUUUUUAACAAGACUGUUCAAUAUAAAUUAAAUUAUCACUUCUCACUGUAACGAUGAUAAGGGUGGUUAGAAGCAUGCAGGGAAAGAGUAUUAACUUGUAUUGCACGUGGUGCAUUUUUAAAUGAUAAACACAGGUGUGUUGUUUUCUGCUUUGGUAGGUUACAUACCAGGAUGCAUUACAUUAAACUGAAGUGGCCUUAUUCUUGUGCACAAAAGCUGUAUCAGGGUGUUUAUGAAGUUUUCUGAGAAACGUGACAAAAAUCCUUGUCCUUGAUAUGCAAUUUUUCUGCAUAGAGAUAAAUCGAACAAGUGUAUGGAGUUAUAUAUGGUUAUAUAUGUUGUGCCUGUGUGAUAGUCGGACUGCAUGUGCGUCUUGCCGCCAAAGAGAAUGUGUCUGAUUGUUAAUCUGUUGUUUAACCACCUGACUUUGAGUGGAACCAGGCUGUUUGUGAGUUGAUCACUCACAUGCUUCUGUAUUUAACAAGCAGUGCAGCUCGUGCCUGGGGUGCAGAGGUCGCUGAGGUACUGCUGACCAGCUGUGUAUUGUGUGAUAACAAAAUCAAUAAAUAGCAGAGUGUAUUGAUUAAUAGUCAAAUGUUAAUUGCAAUACUUGAAUACUUUCUGUAAGAGAAGGUACAUUUUGUCGAUAAGCUCAUAUUCCUGUGCAGGAACGCAAAUAUGAUAGGGUGCAUAUGGUGACAUUAGUCAGCAUACUUAACAGCUUUUUUAAUUAUCCAUGGUAAUAUUUGGAAUAUUUUCUAAUUAUUCUAUGCAUGAAUUUGUUAUUCUAAUACAUUAAUGGAAUUCAAUAACGUAUCCUGUAUGACUUUGCCUAGCCUCACCAACUGUACUCUGUUACCCAGAAAAAAAAGAUAAAUUCCAAAUACCGGACUAUGCCCUCGACUACACUACUGCCCUGCACUGACAAGCCAUGAAGAAGUUUUCACUGUUACUUGUGUUGAAAUAUCAGCUCUGUGUUGCUGAUGUACCGUUGUGCCUUAAUUAUCAAUAAAUACCCUUUAAACUCUCAAA